GCUAACAGAUGAUUAUUUGCUAUUGUAGUUGUUGCGAAACGAGCAGAAUUUAAUUUUUAGGAGUAAUCCGUCUUAAAUUAAUAAAACGCGGAAACCACCGGCAGUAAAACCUUCUUCGCCCACACCAAAAAUUUCGAACGUACGGGCGUUACGUGAGGCCGGAGUUCCGUGGUUACUAGUAUUUCAAAAACUCAAUGUAUCUUACGUGCAGAAAAUCGAUUUUUGCCAUAACAGCGGUUUUUGGUCGACGGUUGGCACCAAUAAAUAACCUUUUCGCCAUCGGACUCGACUAAAUCGCACUUAUUUCGCACAGGUCAAGUGCAGUGAGGACCAGCAUUUCAGUAUCACAUCGAUCGAUCGGAACACUAAGCAAACCCAAAAUGACGAUUGCCGAGAGUUCGCAAAAGUCUGUAACCAUAAAGCCCGAGAGCAUGGAGCCGAUUCUGAGGCUAAACAACAUUGAAAAGUCGCUGCAAGACACGCGGGAUUACCGAGGAUUGCAACUGGAGAACGGCCUGAAAGUCCUGCUGAUCAGCGAUCCCAAGACAGAUGUCUCAGCGGCAGCUUUGUCCGUGCAAGUGGGACACAUGUCCGACCCUACAAAUCUGCCUGGAUUGGCCCACUUCUGCGAGCACAUGCUUUUCCUGGGCACUGAGAAGUAUCCGCACGAAAAUGGCUACACCACAUACCUUUCACAGAGCGGUGGAAGCAGCAAUGCAGCCACCUAUCCCCUGAUGACUAAGUACCACUUCCAUGUGGCGCCAGAUAAACUGGAUGGAGCUCUGGAUCGCUUUGCUCAGUUCUUCAUUGCGCCCUUGUUUACGCCCAGUGCCACAGAGCGGGAAAUCAAUGCGGUAAAUUCGGAGCACGAGAAGAACCUGCCCAGCGACCUGUGGCGCAUUAAACAGGUGAACCGUCACCUGGCAAAGCCGGAUCAUGCCUACAGCAAGUUCGGCAGCGGCAACAAAACCACGCUCUCGGAAAUUCCCAAGUCCAAGAACAUAGAUGUGCGGGAUGAGCUCCUCAAGUUCCACAAGAAAUGGUACUCCGCCAACAUAAUGUGCCUGGCUGUUAUUGGAAAAGAAUCGCUGGACGAACUGGAGGGCAUGGUUUUGGAGAAGUUCUCCGAAAUUGAAAACAAAAAUGUCGAGGUCCCCGAUUGGCCACGUCACCCCUACGCCGACGAGCGCUACGGACAAAAGGUUAAAAUUGUGCCUAUUAAAGACAUCCGAUCGCUGACGAUAAGCUUUACUACAGACGAUUUGACGCAGUUCUACAAGUCGGGCCCCGACAACUAUCUAACCCAUCUCAUUGGCCACGAGGGCAAGGGAAGCAUUCUAUCCGAACUGCGACGACUAGGCUGGUGCAAUGAUCUAAUGGCCGGACAUCAGAAUACGCAAAACGGCUUUGGUUUCUUUGAUAUUGUGGUCGAUCUGACACAGGAGGGAUUGGAGCACGUCGAUGACAUUGUCAAAAUCGUGUUUCAGUAUCUGGGAAUGCUCCGUGAAGAGGGACCCAAGAAAUGGAUCUUCGACGAGUGUGUAAAACUCAACGAAAUGCGAUUCCGGUUUAAGGAGAAGGAGCAGCCGGAGAACUUGGUCACGCACGCCGUUUCAUCCAUGCAGAUAUUCCCCCUUGAGGAGGUACUUAUCGCUCCAUACUUGAGUAACGAAUGGCGGCCGGACCUGAUCAAAAGCUUGCUGGAUGAGCUAGUUCCUUCGAAGAGCCGCAUAGUUAUGGUGAGCCAGAGUUUUGAGCAGGAUUGCAAUCUAGCCGAGCCUUACUACAAAACAAAAUACGGCGUGGAGCGCGUGGCCAAGGAUACAGUGCAAAAAUGGGAGAACUGUGAUCUUAACGAGAACCUGCGACUGGCACUGCCAAACAGCUUUAUACCUACGAAUUUCGACAUUUCCGAGGUACCGAGCGAUGCCCCCAAACAUCCCACAAUCAUUUUGGAUACCCCUAUUUUGAGGGUGUGGCAUAAGCAGGACAAUCAGUUUAAUAAACCGAAGGCGUGCAUGACCUUCGACAUGUCCAAUCCGAUUGCAUACCUGGAUCCCCUGAACUGCAAUCUUAACCAUAUGAUGGUUAUGCUACUAAAGGAUCAGCUAAACGAGUACUUGUACGAUGCGGAACUAGCCAGUUUGAAGCUAAGCGUUAUGGGAAAGACCUGCGGCAUCGAUUUUACCAUUCGUGGUUUCAGUGAUAAACAGGUUGUGCUGCUUGAAAAGCUUUUAGACCACCUGUUUGACUUCUCCAUCGAUGAGAAACGAUUUGACAUCCUGAAGGAGGAGUACGUACGUUCACUGAAAAACUUUAAGGCUGAGCAACCCUACCAGCAUUCCAUCUACUAUUUAGCUCUGUUGUUAACUGAAAAUGCCUGGGCGAAUGUGGAGCUCUUAGACGCUAUGGAACUCGUUACCUACGAUAGAGUGUUGAAUUUUGCCAAGGAGUUCUUUCAACGACUGCACACUGAGUGCUUUAUUUUUGGCAACGUGACCAAGCAACAGGCUACUGACAUCGCAGGUCGAGUCAACACGCGACUGGAGGCUACUAAUGCAUCGAAGCUUCCCAUUUUAGCAAGGCAAAUGCUAAAGAAGCGGGAGUACAAGCUGCUUGCAGGCGACAGCUACUUAUUUGAGAAAGAGAACGAGUUUCACAAGAGCUCUUGCACCCAGCUUUAUUUGCAGUGCGGCGCACAAACGGAUCACACAAACAUAAUGGUCAACCUGGUUUCCCAGGUACUUUCCGAACCUUGUUACGAUUGUCUGCGUACAAAAGAGCAGCUUGGCUACAUUGUGUUUAGUGGAGUGCGUAAGGUGAACGGAGCCAACGGCAUUCGUAUCAUCGUGCAGUCAGCGAAGCAUCCGUCCUUUGUAGAGGAUCGAAUUGAGAACUUUUUACAAACGUAUCUGCAAGUAAUUGAGGAUAUGCCCUUGGACGAGUUCGAGCGACACAAGGAGGCUUUGGCCGUUAAGAAGCUGGAAAAACCCAAGACCAUAUUCCAGCAGUUCAGCCAGUUUUAUGGCGAAAUAGCAAUGCAGACGUAUCACUUUGAAAGAGAAGAGGCUGAGGUGGCCAUACUAAGAAAGAUAAGCAAGGCCGAUUUUGUGGACUACUUCAAGAAAUUCAUUGCUAAGGAUGGCGAUGAGCGACGUGUGCUGUCCGUUCACAUUGUGUCCCAGCAAACCGACGAGAAUGCCGUGACCGAUGCGGAACCAGUGGAGGUCACAAACAUGGACCGCCACAAACCGAUCAGCGAUAUUGUUACAUUCAAGUCGUGCAAGGAAUUGUACCCCAUCGCACUGCCAUUCCUGGACAUCAAAGCGAAGGGAGCACGCAGCAAGCUGUAAAUUGGAAAUCGAGAUACGGAAUUCUUUUUAAUUAGCACAUGGUUAUGGUCUCUCUUUGUUUUAAUUGCCCAACCGGAUACAAACGUUGUUUUGUCACUCACAAAUAUAAAAGAAUCUGUAUCAAGA